AUGUCCCAUUCACAAUCUCCUCCCAUGAUGGACUCGCUGCAGCGCGACGGUCUGCCAAUGCCGAUGCAGCACGAUAACAGCAACGGCUACCAGAUGUCCCAAAUCCCGGUGCCGCCGUUGAUGAACCCCCCGCCUCAGAUCUUCGGCUCAUACAGCGCAGACGGACUACCGAUGCCCUCCAACAUGGUCGACUUGUCGCAACCGCUUUUUGGAGAUGGAACACUGUUGGAUGAGAGUAAUGAGGCCAAGAGGAGGAGAAUUGCAAGGGCUUGCGAUAUGUGUAGGAAAAAGAAGAUCAAGUGCGAUGGAAAGAUGCCCGCGUGUACGCAUUGUAUUAAUUAUAAAACGGAAUGUGUAUUCACACAAGUUGAGAAGAAGAGGAAUCCACCAAAGGGGGCCAAAUAUAUUGAGGGUCUCGAGAAUAGAUUAGGGAGGAUGGAAAGCUUGCUGAGACUUUCUGGUUUAUUAAAAGAAGAUGACAAUGGACGAACGGACUUGGGGACAUUAGAGAAACGUCUUGCAGAGACGCAGCAGGCGCAGAGGGAUUCACUGGCGCCAACAUCGGGUCCGACGUCUCCCCGUUCUCAAAGCUCGCCGAAAGAUUUAAACGACUCUACACCUCAUAGUCAAACACCUCACAGUCACAUUGCAUCUCCAGAGCCAGGACCAAGAGAACCACCAAAGCAAACUGGAAAUAGCGAAAAGGAAAAGCGCUCUAGCACAUCAGACGAAAAGGAAAAGCAAAAGCAAAAGCAGCCUGAAGUAGAGGAACUUUCGGACAUGAUGUGCUCAUUAGUCACGAAUAAUUGCGGUGAAACACGGUAUAUUGGUUCUUCUUCUGGAUUCUCUAUUUUCUCGCCAAAAGGGGUUCAAUGGGUUGCUGAUAAGACCGGCGAUUCCUCUUUCCAAACAAUGAUAUGCGAGGCUUCGGUAGACGAAAACAAGAUGAUGUAUUGGAAGCCAGAGAUAUUCGGUGACCUAUUCCAACGACGAAUAUACAGACAACUUCCACCCAGGAACGAAUGUAUAUCCCUGAUGAAGGAUUUCUUCGAGAAUUUUAACUGCAUGUUUCCGCUUUUCCACCAACCUACUUUUAUGCAUUUAGUCGAUCGGCAAUAUUCUCGAGAUCCGUAUGAAGGUUCUGGGUGGUGGGCUAGUCUGAACGUUGCUCUGGCUAUAGCUCACCGACUUCGAGUUAUGAGUAAUCUCGUUCCACAAGAAGAAGAUGAGAAAGCUUGCGGAUAUUUGAAGAAUGCAUUAGCAGUUUUCACAGAGUUGACGAUGCGCAAUACGGAUCUUCUCAGUGUACAAGCUCUUCUUGGAAUGGCUCUAUUCUUACAAGGAACCCCGAACCCCCAACCUACUUUCUUCCUGGUCGCAGCAGCUAUUCGAUUAUCUCAUAGCAUUGGCUUGCACAAGCGAGGAUCAGGCUUUAAUCUUAACCCUGUUGAGAUCGAGCAGAGGAAACGUGUAUUCUGGAUUGCGUAUAUUGUAGACAAGGACAUCUGUUUGAGAUCAGGACGACCUCCGGCGCAAGACGACGACGAUAUGAAUGUUGAGCUACCGAGCGCGGACCCCGAGGAUAACAUCGGCAAUAUACCCCUGGCUGAUGGAAAGGGCAAGCUGAACCUAUUCCGCCUAAUGGCUGAGUUUGCUACGAUCGAAAGUAAAGUGUACAACCAACUAUACUCCACGAAAGCUGCCAAGCAAUCCGACGGUGAACUACUUAAUACUAUCGGGGUACUUGAUCAACAACUAGAGGAAUGGAAGGAUAGCAUACCUAUUGAUUUCCGCCCUGAGCAUGAGAUCAAGGCCUCGCAUACACCAUUGAUUCUCCACGUUGUAGUCCUUCACUUCGCUUACUACAAUUGCCUCACAACCAUCCACCGCAUGUCGAUACAUCAUGGAUAUUGGACCAGUCGACUGUCGAAUUACGCCAUCCAAGGACUCAAUGCCAGGCCUUUGAAUCCCCGUGUCUUUUCGUCUGCUGCAUUGUGUGUAUCGGCAGCUCGAGCGUCAAUACAUUUGAUCAAAUACGUUCCGCAAGGAGACUUUCAAUGUGUUUGGCUCAUUCUAUAUUUCCCUGUAUCAGCUCUUGUAACAUUAUUUGGAAACAUAUUGCAAAAUCCGCAAGAUCCUCGAGCCCGGUCCGAUGUGCGCUUAAUGAAUGUCGUGGUCAACUUUUUAUCGAUGUUGAGCACAGAAGAGGAGAAUGGAGGGGUGAAGCGAAUGCUGGGUGUCUGUUCCGAAUUCGAGAGAAUUGCUAAGGUUGUGCUGGACAAGGCUGAAAAGGAUAGCUCUUCGAGAAGAAAACGGAAGAGCCAUGAGGACCAUGCAUCGAAAAAGCAAGGCGGCUUGUCUCAUGGAGUACAACCCAUGACGAGCACCACACAACCACCAAAUAUCGCCGGAGUAUUCUCGCCACCUACAGUCAACCAAAACGUACAACAAAAUGGUUUUGGUUCUCCAAACCACAGUAUGGGUAAUCAAGGCUCUCCUGGUUCGAACUGGCAACCGGAUUUUGGCACCGGCAACGGCACGGAUUACAGCACUCCAGCGAAUUUCUCGGAGAUGGGAUUCUCUAACGGAGAUAUGAACUCGCCUCUUAGCAUGAAUUCGUUCCAACAACCCUACGUACCGCAAGAUUUAUGGCAAAUGCCAAUGAGUCUGGAAUGGGACUGGGCCGGUAUGACCGGCGGCACAUAUCCCUCUUUUGAGAACGGAGUUCUAGGCGGAGGUAACUCGCAGAACGGCAAUGACCCUCUACAAAAUCACAUUUGCGAGAUCUUUUUGCCAUCAGAGCCACCCAACCACAACACCAAUGCCAAUGAGAUAGCAGAGCGACCUAAUCACGAACCGCCAGACAUGAGCUCGAUAUUACGGCAAUCGAGCAGCUCUCUUGCUAGAUUAUCCCGCUCUUCCCUUCUUCAAUCCGCCGUCCGGCGCACUACUUCUUCGCGCAUAAUAGUCCAGCAAGCUCGAACCUACGCAAGCAAUCCGCCGCCGAAGAACACAGGACCUAAGAAAAGUGUGAAGGACGAUAGUACGAAACCUGGUUUUACGGCUAAGCCUGCACCGGGCACGGAAAACCUCUAUAAAGAUGGCCAAUCGCCUCUCGAGACCCCAGGGGCCGAGAAACCGCUGGAGGAGGGCAUGACGCGUUUGAGUGAUGAGGACUUGAAGGCAUUCGAGGAAGAGCUCAAGACGAUAAAGAAGGGGCUGUCCAAGGACCAGGUGGCGAUGGUUGAGAAGGCGCUGCAGAACAUGAAGAAAGAUGGUAUUCCAACAGAUCUCAAAGAGCUUAUUGAUGAGACGAGGGGGAAGUCAAUGACGCUUGCGUCUGCUGCGAAGUUAGUCCGAGUAGUCAACAACAUAACGCGGAGGCAGCUGGACAAGGAGGCAACGGGCAAGUCAGAUUCUAGCGAGGGAAAGACUUCGAGUGGAAGUGGGGGAAGCGGUGGCGGGCAAAAGAAGAAUGAUGGAAAGGGCUUUGGUGGUACGCCGGGAUUCAAGCCAGGAGAGAUAAAGUGGGAUACCGGCACGUUCCUGGCAUCGGCUUUCUUCUCGUAUCUGGUAUACCGCAUGGUUAUGCCCGGCGAAAACGGGCGUGAUAUCACGUUUCAGGAAUUCAGAAGCACUUUCUUGGAUAAGGGGCUGGUAGAGAAACUUACGGUCAUCAACCAGGAUCGGGUACGUGUUGACCUACACCGUGACGCGGUUCUGAGCAUGUACCCCGAAUCGCCAGCUGCGAAUGCCAACUUCCAUUACUACUUCACGAUUGGAUCGGUGGAUGCGUUUGAGAACAGGUUGGAUGCUGCACAGAGCGAACUGGGUAUCCCAGCCUCUGAGAGGAUUCCGGUUAAAUAUACACAAGAUACAAAUGGCUGGGCUAUGAUUUAUAGCUUUGGUCCAACACUUCUAUUCAUUGGUGCCAUAUACUGGAUGUCGAGGAAGGCUGGUUCAUCAGGUGGCGGUGCCAAUAGCAUGUUUGGCAUUGGGAAGAGUCGCGCCAAGCAGUUCAACCAUGAGAGAGACAUCAAGGUCACCUUUAAGGAUGUUGCGGGUAUGGACGAGGCCAAAGCGGAGAUUAUGGAAUUUGUUGCUUUCUUGAAGACACCUGAGCAGUUCCAGAGACUUGGUGCUAAGAUCCCCAGAGGCGCUAUCCUUUCUGGGCCUCCUGGUACAGGUAAGACUCUUCUGGCUAAGGCUACUGCUGGAGAGUCUGGAGUACCAUUCUUCAGCGUGUCUGGUUCUGAGUUUGUGGAGAUGUUUGUUGGUGUUGGUGCGUCGAGAGUCAGAGAUCUUUUCGCUAUGGCAAGAAAGGAUACACCUUGUAUCAUUUUCAUCGACGAAAUCGAUGCAAUUGGCAAGUCUCGUGCAAAGGCUGGUUCAUUUGGUGGCGGAAAUGACGAGCGUGAAGCUACCCUCAACCAGAUCCUAACUGAGAUGGAUGGUUUCAAUACUCAAGAACAGGUCGUCGUUCUUGCCGGUACUAACAGACCUGAUGUCCUUGACAAAGCAUUGAUGCGUCCCGGACGUUUUGAUAGACAUAUUUCCAUCGAUCGACCGACUAUGGAUGGCCGGAAGCAGAUCUUCUUGGUUCACUUGGGCCACAUUGUCACGCAUGAGAAUCUGGAAUACUUGACUGGUCGACUGUCAGCUCUUACUCCCGGAUUUUCCGGUGCUGAUAUUGCCAACUGUUGUAACGAGGCUGCUUUGAUAGCUGCUCGAACAAGCGCCAAAUCCGUAGCUAUGAUCCACUUCGAACAAGCCAUCGAGCGUGUAAUCGGCGGCUUAGAAAAGAAAUCCCUCGUCCUCUCACCCGAAGAAAAGAAAACCGUUGCCUACCAUGAAGCGGGCCAUGCCAUCUGCGGCUGGUACUUCAAAUACGCCGACCCACUUCUCAAAGUAUCCAUUAUCCCCCGCGGUAACGGUGCUCUCGGUUACGCCCAGUACCUCCCCGCAGCAGACACAUACCUCAUGAACGUCAACCAGCUCAUGGACCGCAUGGCCAUGACGCUCGGUGGGCGUGUAUCCGAGGAAAUCCACUUUGACACCGUAACAUCUGGCGCGUCUGACGAUUUCAACAAAGUAACACGCAUGGCAACAGCCAUGGUCACGAAAUGGGGCAUGUCGAAGAAACUUGGCCCCCUGCACUUCGAAGACGACGAAAACAAGCUGCACAAACCAUUCGCGGAAGCUACGGCCCAGACCAUCGAUUCGGAAGUCCGCCGUAUCGUCGACGAGGCGUACAUGCAGUGCAAAGACCUACUUGUCGAGAAGAAAUCAGAGAUUGGCAUUGUCGCGGAAGAGUUGCUAACUAAGGAGGUGCUGAGCAGAGAUGAUAUGGUGCGCUUACUGGGCAAGAGACCGUUUGAUGAGAAUAAGGAUUUUGUAAAGUAUUUCGGGGGCGGAGAUCCCAAGAAGAGCGCCCCGCCACCUUUCCCGACGGAAAGUACGGAUAGUCCGCCUGAGAAUCCUAGUCCAGUUAUUUGA